AUGCAGCACGGUAGGCCUCAUUCUGAGACAUGGAGCCCAGGAAUCGGGUUCAGCGUCUGGGUCGACGUGGGGUCAGUGUACGUCCGGGUCGACGUCGGGGUCAGUGGAUGCUCUGUGGCUGGAGUGGGAGCGCUGGGCGCCGAGGCUGGAGACCCGAGUCAGCACACAAAUGCUCUUUUUCGAGAGGCUUUUAAAUUUCUUUCUUGGAACCUGUGCUCAGCCAAAUCUCUGGGGUCUGGCUCGUGCCUCUGGCUCACCUAUUCCUGCAGCCAUGUCUUUCCAGCAGCAGCAGUGCCUGCCCCAGAUGACAAGCAGCCCUGUCAGCCACCCCCUGUCAAAUGUCAAGAGGCGUGUGCACCUAAAACCAAGGAUCCAUGUGCUCCCCAGGCCAAGAAGCAAUGCCCAGCCAAGGACACAGCAAUCCCAGCCCAGCAGAAGUGUCCUGCAACCAGCAAGCCCCCUAGAGUAAAUAGAAGUAAGAAUGGACGGAGAGAUACCUGCCCGCCAACCAGGCUACCAGAUGCAGCCUUCUCUUUCUCCUGCUCCUUUUCUGAUCCUCAGCUCCGGGAUUUGCCCUCCUCUCCCAUCUUCUCCUACUCAGGGUCCAAGGAAACAUUGUCAGGAUUUCUUCCCAUGGAACUCCUUGUCUCAUACAUCCCCUUGCUCCCAGUAUAUUCUUCUGUUCCCAACUCUGACUCUCUCCUAGAUGAACAUGAGUGAGGUCCCACCUUCUCCAGCUUCCAGUUUGGCCACAGCUGUGGCCCCAUCCAUGUCCUAAAGCAAGAAAUAUAUCUGGGCUGAUUCUAGGGCUUCCACCUUGACUCACGGGGACACCAGAGGCUGAUGCAUAGCUUCUAUAUCAUUCCCUUUCCCAAUUCCCCAUCCGUGAGCUUCCCUCCUCUUUCUUCCACUAAUA